AUGUCUUUUUUAAAAAAACUUAUUAUAAAAGGAAAUAAACGUAAAACUAUUAUAGUUUACGAUGAACCAGACAAUUUUUGGGGUUGGGAUGAUUCCCAAUCUACUUGUUUAUUUGUCGAUAACGAAAAAACUUUUGAAUCCGCAUUACUAACCAACGAAGAAGAAAAUCAAGAUAUUAUUGAAGAUUAUAUCGAAACUAGUGAAUAUAAAAUAUUUACUAGUUAUAAAAAAUUUAAAGACUACUUAUUAAAAGAAAAAAUUAUCAGUUCAGGAUACACUGAUAAUUCUAAUAACCAACGAUUAAAAA